UCAAAAGGAGGUAGCUAAUAUAAUUUAGACCAGUGUACCUGCAAGACGAGAUGCACUGCCUCAGCAGAUCGCCCCGAUCAUACCUGGUCAACUCUUACAGCGAUGUAAAAGAAUCGGACGAGACAAAAAGGGAAUCGUUUGAGGCCACCUGGUUAGACCUGGUGAUGGAGACAAGGCCAGAAUUCAAAAUUACGCUCAACGAGAGAGACUCGUCGCGAAAGGAAACAUACGAACGGAAGCAGGCGGUUCAUUUCGUGGUGCGCCGAUUCCCUACCCAGACACUUUGGACUGGUCAGGACGGGUCCGAGAUGAAGGAGUAUCAUCUACCGUAUAAAAAAACCGUCCUCCCCAUACCGAUCUUCGUUCCCAGAGACUUGACAGCUGCAGAUGAGACGAACCGAGAGCCGUCUCCUCCCUUUUUGCAGUCUAUCAUGGACUUUGAGAAGAGCAGGGAUGAGAGGAAACAGCCGUCGUCCAUUAUGAAAGACCUACCACGGGCAAUCCAGUCCGGCAGUCCAGAAUUCAGAGCCUCCAGACUCAUUUCCCCGCCGAGCCACGUGCAGCGGCGCGAGUAGCGUAAUCACUACAGUUUUAGGCUAAAAUGUGUUUACUAUGUGUUGAUAAAUGUGUGUAAAUUGACAAAUGUAAAAAGUACAGAUUUAGGCUACGUUUACUUGCACGUAUUAUGUUCAUGCAAAUGUAAACUAUUCGGACUGAAUUGGUAUUUUGUUGAUGUUUUUGCAUAAAAGCAUGCGGCAGAGGCAAAACUGAGAGUCUAUGAAUGGGUUAAAAGCAACGUUUUAGAAAAUAUGGAUUGGACUUUAGCUUAUUGUACUUGGUACGGUCUGCCAGUGCUUGGUGAAACAUUUGGCUCUCGUAAAAUUCCUAAAAGUUCCGUUUGGUAUAUAAAGGGCAAGCAGGAUUCGUUGCAGUAGGUGCACAAAUCGUUCUAGUAUAAAUCAGAUACUGCCAUCUAGUGGAAAACGCGCUAAUUAUUUGUAACAAAUUGUUAUAGUAUUAUAAAUCAUUUAACAUUACUUACUAAUAAAAUGUAUGUGUAAUAUUUUGUUUGUAAAUAAAAUAACUUCCGAUAUAUAAAAUAAA